AUGCUCAACAUCGCAUAUAGCCUGACACCUUCUUUGGUGGGCGAUAGGCUCUCUUGCGAGAAGAUCGCAUUAAGUCCAUCCCGAGAGACAUACACCAAGACAGAGCCCCGCCAUGUGCAGCGUACGCUUGCAGUCAUCAAACAAGUCUGUGGAGGCUUCGGCACGGGCUAUUGUGACAGUUGGGUGAUGGCUGAGGAGAAUAUCAUAACCAUAAUGGCCAACGCCGCUGCUGCCCACCAGUCACACCAUCCGAUGGUACCGAUAUCGAAGAAGAGAGCAGAUAUCCACAAUGCCGCGGCGGAGAUGGUUGCACUCAUGCGCGACGCCGUUUCUGAUGCUGUCGAGUUUCACCUUUCUCGUAUCUCGUCUCAUCUUUUCGCUGCUUCCGUGAAGCUCACUUGGCACCCGCUGAAAAAUAAUUGCCAGACAUUUUGCAACCUUCUCCUCCAAGCGAAGCACUUUAACACCGUCCACCCACCCUUCGUCACAUCGGGAAAUCAGCUACCUGGCUUCGGCGACCUAGAAAGCCCGUAUCUGCACUCCUUCGCCUCCUCAACUCACUUUCCACUAUUCGCCGAACAGAAAGACUUGGACAAAGCCUUACGCCACUCAGACGUCGGCGCGUAUAUGUCCUCCUUCCACAACACCGCGGACCUUGUUUCUUUCGCGUUUGGGCGGAAAAUCAUUUUCGACUUCAGAACCCCCCACUUCGAGGACCCGGUCCUCUGCAAGCAAUGCGUGAGCUGCGACCACAAACUGCCCCAAUCGUCCGCUUUCGAGGAACUGGCCGACCUCAUACGCCUCUCGGAUCAUGUCCUCGAUGACCCUUUCGGGGCGGUGACUCUCCUGGCCUGUCACUUGGAUCGCCCGCGCCCGCUCUAUGUCGACAAGAAGGGCUGGGCCUGGCACGGAAGCGAGAGCCAACGGCGGAGAAGGUGGGCCGAGAACCGGAUCCACGUUCUUGCUGCUCUGAAUGUGUUCCUGUCUUUCACAAAGUCUGUCUUCAUUGCAUCCUACCUCCUUGUCCAGGGCAAACCCAAGGAGGAAGUGCGAUUCCGCGUCGCCGAUAGCAACGUUGCUGGCAGGGCUGUUUACAAGACAGCACGGGAGGACUGUCUGGAUUGGUCGGAUGAUUGGGAAAUGCAACCGGUUCGGUUGCCCAGUGGGAGUGUGCGCCGCAGGUUGCAGGCGACCCUUGUGUGGGCGAUGUCUUCUGGAUCUGCAGGGCGUGCUACGUGGAGACAAUGCCCCUGCCGGUACUGCGGAAUGAAUGACGAUCAACUAGAUGAAAUCUGUGGACGAGGUGGCUAA